AUGCUUUGCCUUAGACCGCUCCACCUCGCUGCCCGAACGGCAUUGAAGACGCGCUGCCUUGUCACCGUCGCCCAAGACUUGUCGUCCUUCAAUAUACCUGUCAUAAACUUUGCAAAGUUCCGUGAAGCCUCGUCGAGUUCUGAGAAACAGAAAACUGCCAAUGAGAUUGUUUCAGCUUUUAGGGAGACUGGAUUCAUAUACCUCUCAGAUCAUGGCAUACCACAAGAAACGGUGAAGAACACGUUUAGGAAGAGUGCAGAGUUUUUCAAGAUGCCAAUGGAAACUAAGUCGAAACUUGCAUGGGAAGACCCACGUUCAAAUCGUGGAUAUGUUAAGAUCGGACGCGAACGUGUAACUCAGUCGGCGGAUCCAGCAGAGAUUGCCUCUCUCCGUGCUAAAGCUCCUGACUACAAAGAAACUAUGGAAAUAGGCAGGGAUUGGGAUUCGGAAUGGAAGAAUCAAUGGCCAGAGGAGCGAGACGCUCCUCUAUUUAAACGCACCAUGUUGGACUUCUAUCAGAUUUGCCACGAUCUUCACGCGGAUGUCAUGCGUGCCAUCGCCUUAGGACUUGAGCUCAACCCAGACUUUUUCGACCAGAAGAUCAACGAGCAAUGCCACAAUCUGAGACUUCUGUCAUAUCCUCCCAUCAAGCGAUCUAUGUUGGAGGUUGAAGGACAAGCACGUGCUGGCGCUCACAGCGCAGAUUAUGGGACAUUGACCCUUCUGUUCCAAGACUCCGUCGGAGGACUUGAGGUACAAAAUCCGCACACAGGUGCGUUUAUUCCCGCCACCCCGAUUCCUGAGACCAUCGUUGUGAACGUUGGAGACUUACUCGCGCGGUGGAGCAAUGAUCUCUUGCGAUCAACUGUGCAUCGUGUCGUCGCACCUCCCUCUCGCUUGACCGAGAGUGACGAUCAACUCGUGACCCCAGCUCGACAAUCAAUUGCAUUUUUCUGCAAUCCAAACUUCAGUACAGAAGUUUCUUGCCUACCCAAUUGUGGAAAGGAGAUGAAAUACCCGCCCGUGAAUGCGGGAGCGUACAUUGUGGGCCGCCUGGCGGUGACAUAUACGUGA